CGGCCGGCAUGCCAGUCGAUCUCACGAAUCCGUUACUGUUCCCACGAAAAUAUAUACCGGAUCAUUCGCACGGUCCAAAGUCACUCAGGGUGACUCGAGUCACGGCAUUGUAAUUCGUAGAAAAUUUGUCUGCUGAGAUCUUGUGACUUAAGACUCACCACUUGAUGGACAAUUGAUCACAGAGCACUGCUUCGAGUUAAAAUACCGAGUUAAACUUUUAGCCGAUUAAAUUUCUACGUCGUUCCGUCAACGUGCGCGGGUAUUUGGGGCUGCGAACGCUCCGCUCCAAAGGAAAUGACUUAAAUUUAAGAAAAAUAAAACCAAACUGCAGCGAUCCCUCAUCAAUUUGCAAGAAAGAAAGCAGUGUGAUAAAACUAACGUUUAUGAUUUCAGUGUCGAGACGAGGAAAUGAGGCAGAAAAGUGAUUGAGAUGAGGAUUCGACGGUGCUUCGAAAGUUACUCAAACGGUCCACUAAGCCCGUUGACGCACGGCUAAGUCAACGACAUGAGUGAUAAAAUCGACAAAUGGAAUCUCACCCAACUCCGUGACUGAAAUCCAAAAACACCGGCAGAAAUCAAAGAAAAAGUGGAGAGACUUGCCUCGAUCGAUGAGAGGAUCCCGAUUUCUCCGCAAAGCUGAACGAGACUUGUUAAAUAGUCGAGUAUUAAGACCGAGAAUUCGCAACAUGGACGAUUCAGGCAUGCCGGUGUUCGACGGAUUCGAUAUUAACGAAAACGAAACUGCCGACGACGGCAACAAUUCCCUCAAGAUGGACGAGGUGAAUGCAAUUCUCAGCGACUUCUACAACAAUCUUAACAGCGAGACCAACUAUCUUCUCAUCACCCUCUACGUUCCCGUCAUCGUCCUCGCCGUCACGGCCAACAUCCUCGUCAUCGUGGUCGUCCUCAAGUACCACUACAUGCGGAGGUACUGUCCUGAUUUUUCAAGCGUGACAAACUAUUUUCUGGUCAAUCUCUCGGUCGCCGAUUUGCUCGUUACAACGAUCUGCAUGCCGAUAGCCGUCAGCCAAGCCGUCACCAUGAUAUGGGUCUACGGUGAAAUAAUGUGCAAACUCUUCUUCUACCUUCAAGUACCGAUGUGCAAGAGUGAAACAAUAUUUGCAGGCGUCGCAGUGGCCGCUUCCGUUUUCACAAUAACGGCGAUGAGCAUCGACAGGUACCUUGCAAUAAGGAGUCCGAUAGCCUUCAGGAGGGUCUUCAACAGACGGAGUACCAUACUAGUAAUCGCAGCUCUCUGGCUGGUCGCCUUGAGCAUCUUUGCCCCGGUUUUACGAGCUGUGACGUUGAGCCCGAUGAGUGAAUUGGACAACAUAACGAUCGGAGGGCAACGCAUUGAACACCCAACUUUUUACGUAUGCUCCGAAGACUUCAAGCCACUUGGUAUCCACACCCACAUUUUUGGCGCCGCCUGCUUCGUUCUGGUCUACGCGAUUCCCGGGUUCAUCGUGAUUCUGGCGUAUUCGAUGAUGGGCCGAACCCUCUGCGCCAGAAAACCACCUUUCGAUUGCGACAGUAUAGAAGGCAGUGCCAGCUCACAGCAGGGAUUUCGUUUAGUCCGUGAACGACGUCGCGUUGCUUGGAUCCUGCUUCUUCUGGCGGUUCUAUUCGCUUUAUGCUGGCUGCCAUACAACGUGCUCAGACUUCUGAUGGACCUCGGGGCACUUGGGAGCGGUAGAAACAUGUCGGACGUUUUGUCCUACUGCUUGUUCCUGGGUCAUGCGAACAGCGCUCUCAACCCCAUCGUCUACUGCUUCAUGACGCGUAACUUCCGGCGUAGCGUCUCCGAAAUAUUGUUUCGCAGUCGACACGCUCUUGCCAGGCGUAAGCCUCAUCGUAAAACCACGGGGCCCGCUACGGGGACCUGCAUCGGAUGCAGCGGUUGCGGCGUAACCCCGGACGUCCCCUGGACAGACCCGUCAGGUCAAGAAGUCCCCCGUUGUCAUCUCUGCCUGACCCAGGACCAAUUCGCGGCGGGUCAGCAUCGGGGGGCAACAACGAGCAGCGGAUACGACACCUUCUACAGUCGGCACAAUCCGCACCGGCGGUGCUACAUGAUGAAAGCCGUGUGCAGCCCCCAGCGUCAAGGUCGGGAACAAUGUCAAGGCCGGAAGAACCAGGAGGCCGAUUCGAGCCGAGCGACGUGCCUGCAGGACUCGGGAAAAAGCUGCAGUCGGAAGACUUGCGAUCGGACCGACUCGACGAGGUCAAAUAUUUAAGCGCGACGGAGGCGACGGCGAAAUCGGCGACGUCUACAACGAUGACGAAGCCUCGAUAAAACGGGAUGCGUAUAAUGAGAGGAAUCUCGAGACUCCUCGCCGGACGACUCAAGAGUCUUACGUACACAAGGGUGGUGUACAGAGGUACUCAAAGAUCGCUAUUGUCCGUGGAAAAUCAACCACCGACAAAUUCUCAACCAACUGUAGUCCGCAACGGUGGAGGACAAACAUCUUUAACUAAUGGUCC